UUGGCUGGAGAAAAGCUUCUAAAUGCAAGAAAUUGAUUGGAAGGGUUCAGUGCCGGCUGAAGCUGCUCAAGAACAAGAGAAGUUGCAUUGCAAGGCACUUAAGGGAGGAUUUGUGUGAGCUUCUCCGAAAUGGUCAUCAUCCUCUUGUCUUUGAUAGGGUUGAACACCUGUUUAUGGAUGAAAAUCUGGUGGCAGCAUAUGAUAUGUUGGAGAGUUAUUGUGAAUUUCUCCUCAUUAAUCUUACCUACAUCCGAAAGUACAAAGACUGUCCAAAUGACAUUAAUGAAGCAGUUUCAACUCUCAUAUACGCAUCAGCAAGAUUGGGGGACCUACCGGAGCUUCUACCAAUUAGGAAGCUCUUUGCACAACGUUAUGGUCAGAGAUUUGCAAGGGUGGCUCUUGAGCUUCUCCCCGGCAAUCUCGUCAAUACUCAGAUUAAGGAGUGCCUAUCCACCAAGUGUGUAACGGAUGAAGUGAAGUGUAGGCUAGUGGAAGAAAUAUCUCGAAGUUGCUUUCAACAAGGGCCCUUGCUGUUGGGUUACACUUCGGAAUGGCAAAAGCAGGAAAAGAGAGCAAAUGAGAAACCUCAAAUCUUCAAAAGUAGUGCUGAAGAUUUUGACGAAAAAGAUGAGCAAAGUAAGUGGUGCAGGGCUAGUUUGGGGAAGAUGAACCAGGAAAUGGUUGAUGAAAUUGCUGAAUUCGAGUCCAAUAAUGGCACCAUUGAUCAAAGACUCUUCUUGUUCAAAUCGCCUUGCCUUCUCACCUUCAUUGUUUAUAACAAAUGUAAUGUUGAUGAAAACGAAGAAGAAAAGAAAUUCAUUUCAAAGGCUGCUGCUUUAUCAAUAAGUGAAGAUCAAAAGGAGAUCAAAUGUGGAGAAAAUGGGAAGAGGAAACAGAAUGGGCCGCCACCGCCGCCGUAUUUGAGGGCGGCCGGAGUUUCUAUGCCGCCCGAAAGGCCCAAUGAAGAGAGCCUAUUGGAUAGCAUCGCCCGGUCCAUUUCAUUCCCGGACCAUGUCCAUCCUAAGCUUCCCGAUUACGAUGAAAUAUCAGCCAAAUUCAUGGCUCUCAAGAGAGAGAAAAUCCGAAAUAUAUAAAUUCAUGCUUGUAAUUAUUAGAUCAUUUUCAUUUUUGUGUCUGCAAUUUUACUUUUUAGCUCUCAGACUAUUAUUCUUAACCAUUUUUUUAUUUGUUUGUUAAUUGAUUUUUAUGUCCAAUCAUCAUUUUGAUAUUGUGGGUUAUACAUAUAUCAGUUCAGGAA